AUGAAUGAUUGGUUUGUUACAAUCAAUCGUUCCAUGAAGAACAAAGUGAAUUUCACGGAUGAUACCAAUUUAGUGGCCAAUGGGAUCGAUGAUGUUUUGAUUAAGAAAAGGGAUGGUAGAUAUUCCUUGAUAAAAGAUGUGUUUUAUAUUCCAGGAAUCAGGUGUAACCUUCUAAUUAUUGGCCAAUUUCUUGAGAAGGGUUACAAGAUUCACAUUGAGAACAAGGCGUUACACGUCAUGAAUGCAAACGGGGUUUUGAUCCUAAAAGCUUCUAUGGUAUCCAAUAGAACUUUCAAGGUUGAGUUGAAGCUUAUAGAGCAUACAUAUCUUGCUACAACGGCUAGUCGAGAAGAGUGGAUAUGGCUCUAUAGGCUUGAGCAUCUCAACUUUAGAGAUCUUAAUACCUUGCAAAAGAAUGAAAUUGUAAGGGGGUUGCCAUUGAUCAAUAUACCGGCUGAAAAUUUUGAAGAAUUUUUUAAGAAGUUCAAGUCCAUGGUUGAGUGGAAAAGGGGUCAUAAGAUCAAAGUGAUCAAAAUGGAUGGUGGAGAUGAAUAUGUCUCAAAUGAAUUUGAGAGGUUUUAUGAUCAAGAAUGCAUAUUACAUGAGGUUGUAUCACCUUAUACACCUCAACAAAAAGGUGUUGCCGAAAGGAAGAAUCGAUUGAUCAUGAACAUAAUGAGACGCAUGUUGAAGGGGAAGAAUUUUUCAAAAAAGUUAUGGGGUGAAGCGGUGUCCAUGUAG